AAACGGCGGCAGAGUGAAGAAAUAAAUAGAAAAAUGAGAACAGCGGUGAUGAAAAAGUACGCGAAAAUGGCGAGGCGGACGAAGUCCGCACGGUUUUAACAGUCAAAAGUCUAAAUUAGCAGUGCACGAUCGUCCAUUUGGCUGUUCAACAUGUGAGUUUGACCAUCGAAGUGAUUGAUUUCGUGAGAUAGAACCUAAAUCAGAAUCGGUGCUCGAGCGAAACUCGAUGAUAAAGAUGCUUGGAGCGCACCUGUUGGCUAGUAGUUAAAUGAGCUUAAUAACAUGAAAGAAUGAAACGAGAUACUGUUAUUACCUGCCUGGAGCCAACUCGCAGAGCCCAAACGAUGACAACAGUGCUGGAGGGUAGGUACCAGCAGCUCGAGACAUAUUCGGAGGGUGAAGAUGAAGCACGGGAUGGGAAUGGGGAAGAAACGCCGCAAGAAUCGGGGAUGAUGAUGCAAGUCGUCCCUGACGAUGGCAAAUCGAGAUGGAAUCACAUAGAAGAUCUGGACUCGUUCUUCACUAGAACGUACCAUUACCACCAAAAGCACGGAUUCGCGUGUAUGAUGCUUCAGCAGACUCUAGAACUUGGACAAUUUAUCUUUGUAGUUACGUUUUCAACUUUCCUUUUCCACUGCGUCGACUAUUCAAUCUUAUUUAGGAACAACGUUAUGAACAAUACAUCGCACAAAACAUCGAUAAACGAUGCAUUAUACUCUCCAAGCGAAUGUGCAGCAUCCAUGGGCCUGAUAACGUGGAUCUGCAUUCUAGUCGCAGCAAUUUUCUGGAUGUUUCGUGCUGUCAAAGUAUUAUGCCACCUGUCACAAUUCUGGGACAUAAAGCAGUUUUUCAACACAGCACUGAAGAUCGAAGAUCGCGAAUUGGACAAUCUGACUUGGCACGAAGUCCAGAGGCGUGUUAGGGAUGUUCAAAUCGACUUGCAAAUGUGUAUACACAAGCGGGAGCUGUCUGAGCUAGAUAUAUACCAUAGAAUAUUGAGAUUUAAAAAUUACAUGGUAGCCAUGAUCAAUAAGUCACUAUUACCUGUCAGACUGAAUUUUCCGAUAAUCGGAGAAGUCAUAUUCAUGACACAGGGCCUAAAAUACAACAUGGAGUUAUUAUUGUUUUGGGGGCCUUGGUCGCCUUUUGUAAACAACUGGCACCUCAAAGAAGACUACAAAAAAUUUAACAAAAGACAGGAACUGGCACGGGCAUUAUCCAAACACAUAUUGUGGGUCAGCGUUAUUAAUUUCAUCUUGUGUCCAUUAGUUUUUCUCUGGCAAAUAUUGUAUUCUUUCUUCAACUAUGGAGAGAUAAUAAAGAGGGAACCAGGCACUCUCGGAUCUCGAACGUGGUCUCUUUACGGUCGCUUGUAUCUUCGCCAUUUCAACGAACUUGACCACGAGCUGAACGCGCGGUUGAACCGUGCCUACCGUCCGGCGUCAAAGUAUAUGAGCAUAUUCACGUCACCAGUAAUGACGGUGAUCGCGAAGAACGUUGCUUUCGUUGCCGGCAGCAUAUUUGCUGUAUUAUUGAUACUGACGAUCUACGACGAAGAUGUAUUAACCGUCGAACACGUUUUAACGACAAUGACGAUGCUGGGUGCGGUUGUCGCCGGCGCAAGGGCUUUCAUACCUGACGAAAACCUUGUCUGGUGCCCCGAGCAACUUCUCACCGCAGUCUUGGCUCACACUCAUUACAGGCCCGACAGUUGGCGGGGACACGCUCACACUAUGUCGACCAGAGCUCAAGUAGCUCAGCUCUUUCAGUACAGAGCCGUGCACCUGCUGGAAGAACUGUUGUCGCCGCUCUUCACACCGUUCAUUCUCUGUUUUCAAAUGAGACCACGAGCUCUGGACAUCGUCGACUUUUACAGAAACUUCACCAUCGAAGUUACCGGCGUCGGUGACGUCUGCAGCUUUGCUCAAAUGGAUGUCAGGAAGCACGGCAAUCCCAUGUGGCAGACCGCGCCUCAGACCCCUGGUGUCGAGGAGCGUAAUAUCGGAUUCGACAACAAGUACGGCGACCACCUCGACAAGAUUCACGUCCCCAUGUCCAAUCAGUACACUCAGGCUGAGGAUGGGAAGACGGAACUCUCCCUCAUACAUUUCACUCUCACUAAUCCAGAGUGGAGACCUCCUAGUCACGCGGAAACUUUCGUCACUGGGCUCAGGGAAAGGGCCAAGAAAGAUGUCACCGACAUUCCAAACGACAUCAAUCCGCUCUAUAGCAGCUUGAACAGCUUGUCCAGUUUGGGGGCUGGGUACAACAAUUUAGUAUCCAGCAUAAUACACGGCACCUUAUUGAACCAGUCCCAAACCACGGCGUCUGGAGUACACGGAGGUUUCAUGAACCAGCCGGGAAUGUCGAGUGCCUUCGGAGCUCCCGAGGAUUCGCCGAACGACGCUAGAUCCGGCGCAGCGUCGCCUGCCGUUCGCGGUGGGCUGAACAGGGCCGAAGGACCUCUCCACAACGAUCGAGGUCUCCUUCACAGUCUGCAUCAAGGACUGUCCAACCAGUCGCUCGGGGCUUCGAUAUUUGGUUCCGGGCACGAUCUGUCGCCGGAAGUUACGGUUCCAGUGGAAUUAACCGCUGCUGAUAUGUCCCUAUCUACACUGUACCUGCACGAACUUCAUUAUAGACAAAUUAGAAGACGAGGCUAUCAAGAAAUGGCAACUAGAAGUAUAUGGCAACGAAGCCCAGUUCAAGAAUUGGCCACUCUUUCGGAAGUGAGACAGGAAAGAGUGCCGCUGCUACGUCACGUGGAUUCUUCUGUGAGAAGUUCAGGCCGGGAUUCUUAGCACAAUAUUUAAUUACUCUUAUAAUACACAUACACACAUACACGUGUGUCAAUUUUACCACCGUCUCACGGCAGAUAUAGCCUACAUACCUAUAUACUAGACGUAGUGUAUAUAUGAAUAUAUGUAUAAAUAGUGUGUAUGCGUUAUGCAAUGAAAAACAAGCAAAUAAGUAAAAGAAAAUCUUUAGUAUCAUUUUUAAACGAAGAAAACGAUAACAUUUUUACUCACUUAACGAUAUACUACGUACAGUAUGUGAGGUAUAUUUGCAUUGAGCUGGUAAGAUUGAUUUCACCAUAUCACUUAGACACAACUCACGCCGCGUAUGUAUGUGAACCGAAUUUUGAAAAAUUUCAGACUUAAGAUCACCUCUAGAUUAUUUUCGGUAUAUAUCGUUCAUUUUUCUCUUAUUUUUUUAGAAUAUUUUAAAGAAAUCGGCAGUCGAACUUUAAGGCAAAGAAGGAACAGAAGAAAAAAACAAAACAAAAGAUUAUAUUCUUUUAUACACGCGUGUGUUAUUAUUGCUCUUAUUAUUAUCGAUAUUGAUAUUAUUUGCACAAAGGAUUUAUCCGAUCAUUGUUGCAAAUAUUAUCCCUACGAAUCACAGCUGUGAUUGGUUGUAAGAUAUUUACCUACGUAAAACUUAUGAUAAUGAUCCGAUUGAAAGCAUUUUUCGCUAAUUGUAUCUACAGACUACGUUUUUGCAAUGUCUAAUAAUACUACUACUAUUACUACUAUUACUUUACUGUUACUACUACUACCAACUACCACUGCUGCUGCUACUACUACUAUUACUACUAUUACCGUAUCGCUGUUAUGAUCGAAUCUUUCGCAUAUUCGUACAUGCGUGUUGAAAAAGAACACGUUAGAUGAUGUAUUAAUUUUUUUUAAUUUUCGAACGCCACGAUUCUCUAGUCAUGAUAAUAGUUAACGUUAUACGUCACGUAAUGUAAAUGCCGUGCAAUUUCAUGAAUGACGAUACGAAAAUACGGUCCAGGCCCGUUGGUAAAGGAGCCGAGAUGGGGAAUCGAGCGGGAGGGUAUCGCGGCUUAUUAUAGAUAUGCUGUGUAUAUAAAGCUUGUUCAAAUAUCAGUUUAUACUGCGUAUAGCAUGCAUGUAAAAAUCAGCAUUGGUAAUUUUUUAUAGGAAGCUGGAAAGGCAACCUGAAUACGAAUCGUUAUAUUUUAUUGAAAUAAGACGCAAAAAAAAAAAAAAAAGUGUAUGUUGGACUAUUUUCACAGAAGCGCUUGCUUUUUUGAAAAAUAUACCUAGUCCGAUAUUUAUUUUAUUUUCAAUUCUCUCUUGAAUCAAUUUAGACCCAGGAAUUCGUAAGUAGCCGUACGAUUUCUCACAGUUCUACGAUCAGCGAUAGAUAUGAAUGCGGAUAGUAAAAGUAAAUGAAUUCAUGAAACACGUGUGCGUUUGUUUAUGUACACCUUCGCUUUCUCCACUGGUCUGGAAAUACUAAUCUAUUCAUACUUUUAUUUAUUUUUCAAGGUUCGAUGUAUUCUACCUGAACCUGUGUGUUUUAUCAAAAGAAGAAAAACUCCAUCAAUUUGUACAGACGAUUUUAUUACACUAAUCAUACUUUUUCCUUUCCUUCCGCUACAACGAGACUUGAAGAUGGUGAAACUUACUUGUAAUUAGUUCAAUAUUUAUACGACGGCAUGAAUAGUGUGCCGUUAUUUUAAUCAGAUCAAAAAAAAAGAAAAAAAAGAACAAUACGCUAUUACCUUAUCGACUUGAUGAAAAAUGUGAUCAUACCAUGUAAAUUAAAACUGUUUAUCGGAAACGGUAUAACUCUAUCGUCGAUCAUCGUAUCGUAGUAGGGAUAUUUACAGUCUCUUAAUCGAAAUGAAAGUAAAAAUCACUUUCACGGU